AUGCUGUCCGCCCCAAGCAAAAAGAAUCUUACAACAAAACUCCCUCGCACAACACGGGGCACGGGACUGGCGCGCACUGGCACUAACACAAAAAGAAUACACACCCAUUCUCCCUCCAUUUUGCCGCCGCCAAAAGACCGCAACGAAAAACCGCUGCGGGCCAUCACCAGGCCAUCACAGUCGCCCGACAUGGAAGGCGUCCUCGAGGAGAUUGACGCCAUGCUGGGCGAGCAGCAGUCGGUUUCGGCGCGGUGGUACGCCCGCCGCGCCGACCUGCCCGUCGACGAGGCGCGCGCGCUGCUCAAGAGCUACUUGAGCGCGCGCGCUGGCAGCGCGAGCGGCGUCUUUCUGGUCUCCGGCGAGGCCGCCUCGGGCGGGCGUGUCGUGCGACUGGCGGAGGCGGACGAGCUCGAGCGGACGCGCGCCGGCUUCGCCUCCGUCACCACGGAGCAGCUCUACUCGGUGCACGCGCCGGCGCUCGCGUCCGACGCCUCCCGCAAGUACGAGCCGCUCGCGUCGCUCGCCGCGGCGCAGGACGCGCAGCUGUACGAGGAGGCGAGCGGCGAGACCAAUUGCCUGCUCGACAACCGCUGGGCGGCGAUCCGGCCUGCUCACUAA